AUCACUUGCGUCGUUGGUUGCUUCCCCAAGAGGCGCGGUCGUGGAUGGCCGAGUACGAUCCCGACGCGGCUAUCGACAGCCAGGGCCAGGUCAUUGGCGACUAUGUACUUGGCAAAACCAUCGGACGAGGCACGUUUGGCAAGGUCAAGAUCGGCAUGCAUCUGUCAACAGGCGAAAAAGUCGCGGUCAAGAUCCUGGAAAAGUGCCGCAUCCUCGAAAUUGCCGACGCCGAGCGCGUCGCCCGCGAAAUCAAGAUCCUCAAGCGGAAUUUCCACACAAACGUGAUUCAGCUCUACCAAGUGAUCGAUACGUCGGAAGCCAUCUAUCUCGUCAUGGAGUACAUUGACGGCGGCGAAAUGUUCGAGUAUAUUGUCAAGCAUCACCGCAUACGGGAAAAGGAAGCUGUGUACAUGUUUUUGCAAAUAGUCGAAGCGCUCGACUAUUUGCACCGAAAUGACGUGACCCACCGCGAUUUGAAGCCCGAGAACCUCCUCCUCCAAGGCACCACUGCAUCCGGGCUCCUCGUCAAGGUGGUGGAUUUUGGGCUGAGCAAUACCCACGACGGCGGCCGACUGCUCCAGACCGCGUGUGGGUCGCCGUGCUACGCCGCCCCCGAGAUGAUUGAAGGCAAGCUGUACAUUGGACCCAAAGCCGACAUUUGGAGCCUCGGAGUCAUCUUGUUUGCCAUGGUGUGUGGGUAUCUGCCGUUUGAAGAUAACAACACGAGCGUCCUGUACAAGAAGAUUCUGUCGGGGCAGUACAAGCCCCCCAACUACAUUUCGCCGUCGGUCCAAGACUUGAUCCGCAAAAUCCUCGAAACCAACCCGGACAAGAGGUACACCCUCGACGACAUUCGAAACCAUCCGUGGUGCAAAACCCUCGACACGCCCCUCCCCAUCAACGCGUUCGCGAACGGCGACAAGUCCCUCAACGACGCCGCCCUCGCAAAGCUCGAAGACAUGGGCCUCAAGCGGGAGCUCGUCGUCGACGCAAUCCAGAAAGGCGUCCACACGGCCUUCAGUGCCGCCUACUACCUGAUGCUCAACAAGGUGAAUCGGCCCACAGAACCUGCUGUGCGCCGACGUCGGUACUCUGCCUACAACCAAGGGAAAAAAAGCAACGUUCAAGCGGCCUUGGACGAAGCUGCCAAGGCGGCGUCGGCGACGGGGAAAGACGCCAAGCAGCCCGCAGCGGGAGGGCAAAAGACUCCGACUCACGCCAAGCAAGACCCGCCGCCGGGAUCGAAAGACGGUGGUGUACCAACCUCGAAAGGUGGCAAGACAACGUCGCCAACCCAAUCAACCGAUACACGACUUCCUCCCCAAGACGCGCCAACACCGUCGACAGAGUCUGUCUCGCUGGUGGAGCCGCUUGUAAAAAGCACAACACCUGCGCUGACGGCCCCCGUGACUGCUGGAAAAGCACCUAUGCCCGGUGCAAGUCCCCAGCUCGAGCCCGUCAAGACAACCACGCCUCCUGGAACACAACCAACAUGUCCCCAGCUCGAGCCCGUCAAGACAACCACGCCUCCUGGAACGCAAUCAACCAAAGAGAGUGCCGUCCAGGAGCCCUUGUCGACAGCCAGACAGAAAACUACCGCAAUGCCCACAGGCACUGUAACCCCCCAACCACGAGGGCUGGCAGGCACCGUCCCGCCGUUGGACCCGAUCGUCCCUUCAUCCGGCGGGUCGCAUUUGUCAGCAUCGUCGUCUGCAAGCAGCAUUAAGUCGGGGCGUAGUGGCAAGCACUUGGUGGAAGCCAGCGGGGCAAUGGCGACGACGGGAAAUGGCGGAAUCACGCCGGUGCCUCCGGCCGAAGCAAAAGAUGCCCCUCGGCCAAAGGGCCGAGCGACGAUUGCAAUGGGGAAUGUUUUGGCGCCGCUGGUCAACCAACCGACCCCAAACCAGCCUGCUUUGGCGAUUGCGACCAACGCAAAGAACUUGAUGCCGUUCAACUCGAACCCGCCGUCGGCCAAGCCGCCACCCGAGUCGCUUGUAGCGAAGAAGCGCGUGUCGCGCCACGGCAGCAUUUUGAACGGUGCAGACGAGCCGUCCAACUACGAUCUCGAAAUGAUGAAGAUGCUCGUGAAUCGAGAACACUACGGCACGGGCUCAAUCAAGGAAGAGAACCGGUCCAAGGACAAUCUACGGCUCGACACGAGUGAAUCGACGCUGCUCCCAAACGCGUCGUCUGUGUUGAAUGUGAUCAGGGCAAGCUCAUCUGUGAUCAAGGCAAGUGAGGAAACCCAUAAGCAAAUCUCCCCUCGCAAAGUGUCCACUGAGGACUUGGCCGGGGCGACUGCAGCAACAGUCUCAACAGGUAAAGACAGCGGUCCGAGGCCACCCGAAGAGGUGACUCGGUAGCCUGUGCUCCAGAAGAAAAUCCAGCCAUUCAAGCCAGACACCUCCCAUGACAUCGAAUGCCCUGCACCUCACCGCACGACCUGCCCCUCCACACCCCAUAUUCUAUAGAUAACAUGAUUCCCCAUCACGUCUUCGCCACCGCCGGCGCGGCCUUUGGGGCACAUCAUGAAAAAUGCUGGGGGUAUCCGGAUCCAUCGUCAUUUAUCCGGAU